GCCGUGCCGGGAUGGGCCGUGCCGGGAUGGGCCGUGCCGUGAGGGGCCGCGCGGGGGGAGCCGUGCCGGGAUGGGCUGUGCCGGGAUGAGCCGUGUGGGAUGCUGAAAGGACUGCUAACUAUACAUGAUUGGUGACAUCAGAGAAACUAAAGAAUGUCAACUAAAAGAUCCCAUGGAUUUGUUUCAUUCUGGGCAAAUUGUAAAAAUAUGUGCCCCUAUGGUCCGCUAUUCAAAGUUGGCUUUCAGAACCUUGGUUAGGAAGUACAGUUGUGAUUUGUGUUACACACCAAUGAUAGUGGCAGCUGAUUUUGUGAGAUCUGCAAAAGCCAGAGACAGCGAAUUCACAACAAACAAAGGUGAUCACCCACUAAUUGUUCAGUUCGCUGCUAAAGAAGCACAGGUUUUGUGUGAUGCUGCUCGUAUCAUCUGUCCUUUUGCAGAUGGAAUAGACCUAAACUGUGGAUGUCCUCAGAGGUGGGCGAUUUCAGAAGGUUAUGGUGCUUGCUUAAUAAAUAAACCUGAGCUUGUUAAAGAUAUGGUGAGACAUGUACGGAGUCAGAUCGACAACCCUAAAUUUUCAGUAUCUAUUAAAAUAAGGAUCCAUGAGGACUUAAAAAGAACAGUUGACCUGUGUCAAAAAGCUGAAGCAGCUGGAGUUUCAUGGAUUACAGUACAUGGGAGAAGUACAGAAGAAAGGCAUCAACCUGUACAUUAUGAUGCAAUUAAAAUAAUUAAACAAAGCAUGUCUAUACCUGUUGUGGCUAAUGGAGACGUUAAAACUUUAAAAGAUGCUGAAAAUGUUCAUCACUUGACAGAAGCAGAUGGUAUAAUGGUGGCUAGAGGACUCUUGGCAAAUCCAGCUAUGUUUGCAGGAUAUGAAGAGACUCCUUUUCAGUGCAUCCAGGACUGGGUUGACAUUGCUCUUGAGCACGGAACUCCUUUUACGUGUUUUCACCACCACUUAAUGUACAUGAUGGAGCACAUAACUUCAAAACAAGAAAAGAAAGUUUUUAAUGUUUUGUCAAGUACCUCAGCAGUACUAGAUUAUCUGAAUGACCAUUAUGGUGUGUGGUAAAUGAAAGUAUGUUAGUCCUCUGUAAACUUGUAUUUUGCAAUUGUUGAUAAACUGUAAAAGUUCUGAUUGGAUUUUUACUUUUUAGUCUCAUUUGUCUAUUUUCAGCACAGCAAAACAUCAUUUGGAUGAUACUCUAUAUUUUUAUGUCACCAUUUUUCACUCUAGAGAAUAUUCAAGAGUUUACAAAUGUGGAAUUCUAUUUACAAUGCACUACUACAGAGAGGAUUGAUUAUUGUAAAACCCCAGUAAUUUAAUUUUUCACCAGAUAAUUGCUUACAGCAAUUUGAUUGCAAAACUAGGGUCUUUCUUUCAUUAAACCUCCUAAAAUCAGGACUACUUAUAAAUAAUGACAGUAAUUUCAGACCAAAAAAAAUACAAAGGAGGCAACUACAGUUUUUGCUUUAGGUAACAUGAGCUUAAAGCCCAUCAUACUAUAAUUUUUUAAAUUUGAUAUUUCUUUUGCAGCGUAAAACUUUUUAACUUACUUAUAACUUAGAAAAAUUCGAUACUUCUUAUAGCAAAAGAAACAAAGAAUAGAGAAACAAUUGUGGAAAGAAGGAAGAAGGAAAAUGAAGAGACAAUUUCAGUACAAACUUAGCUGAAUGUAAAGAAUAAGACUUUUAAGUUCAAUCUAACUAAAUUCAGUUUUGUUUAUCUACUGUAGAAUAGUUGUAUACAAGAUUAAAUCCCUAUCAUGUACCAAACCAUAACUUUUUAGGUCAAAAAAAAGCUGACAGAUUCUCUCAGUGGGGCUCUUGCAGUCCUUUCUGCCUGCUGGCAUGUUGCUUAUCAAAGCAUGACAGCCACUUGGCUUUGAAUCAUUAUAUAGGAAUGAAAGUGAAAAUUAGAACAAGAUAAUAACAUUAUACACCAGCUGCAUUUGUUCUGCAAGGGAAAUUUCACAAAACUCUACAGUACAAUUAUUUGUAAUCAAAUACUUUUUUCUUUAUAUGUUUACAGAUAAAUUCAUACCAAAAAUUGCCAAGUUUUCUGACUGUGAUUGUUCUAUGAAUAUACAUGUGAAUAGUUCCAAAUUUUCUAAAUAAAUUACUUGGUUUUGUA